UCAUAUACGGAUCAGCCUAGGUCAGAUCAAACUGAAUUUCCUAGCUUUUCAGAUGCAGGACUGGGCUUUUACGGCCUUUCAUCAUAAGUAGCGAUCAUCUUUUCUUAUAUGUCAUUUCAUUCAUUCUGAGGGGGAGGUCGGAAUCCCCCGGAAAGAUCUAUUCUGACAGGACGUCUAAGUCUAUCUUAGGAAUUCUCGCCUGCUCCGGUAAGAAAGGAUGACUUUCUUUCGCCCCGGAUUUCUUUCUCGUUAAAGUUAUGGUUGUUCUUUCUUCCUUUCUGCCUGACUGGACUUCUCAGAUGCAUGCAGACCUGUAAAUAGAAAAGAUUCCAGUAGGGCUGGUAUUCUAAUCAAAAUAGAAAGACGAAUUUCAUAUCAGUAAAGUGAAAGUCCGGCUUUCCUCCUUAGGGAUCACACUUCUGGUAAUUCAACGGCUCCCUUUAGGAAGUUCUGUGAAGGAAGAAUAAGAGAAUCCAUGGCUUUUUUCCCCAGGCUUCUUGGAGGUUUGAAGUUAGACUUCUCUCCUGCUGCUAUGGCAACGGCAAUCUAACUACACUAAACUCCGGGGACUCUUAACUCCAUAGAACUCUUAAUCCAUGGCAUAGAAGGGCAGGGCGAUGUCAAACUCAAUAUUAGGAUAUAGCUGUUAGCACCUGCUGAAUAGAAUCCGGCUUUCAGAGCCUACUUACUUGCCUACCUUUUAGCAGUAAGGUCUUUCAAAGACUUCGGCCUUUAGAAUUGCUUACCUGAGUUGUCUUAUAUGGCAUUGUCUCCGGAUUCAAACCUCUUAACUCUCCUCUAUUCUUUGGCGAGUGAUCUUAGCCAUCCGAACGCAUUAAUCUGACUUCCCUGCCCCUCAAUGAUAAGCUUUCUGAAUCAAGGAAGGUUAGAAAGUCAAUCUGAGCUAAGGAGAUAGCAACAAUUGGUCUUCUUCACCCCUCAUAGGAAGAAGGGGCUUAUCAUCUCUCUUCUAAGACAUUCUCAAUCUAUCCGUCUCAGCUCAAACAUUCUUUCUUUGCCCGUUGCUUAAUAGAAUUAAUGCUUUCAAGAUUGGAAUCCCUGGCUUUCGCCAACUCUUUCUAGUGUGUAUACGGCAACUUUGCUAAAGAAGUAGCAUAAGCCUUAUUAUAUGCCGGGGUAAGAUAUCAUAAAAAUAGGAUAACCACCUUCUCUGUCUGUCUUCGCCUCGGUCUGAUCAGAGUAAGAUCAUCUUAUGUAUGAUAUUUCGGAUACAGCUAUCUCAGCUUUUCCUACCAUCGAUGAGUCCAACCCUUCUCUUUGAUGUUAGUAGACCUGUUGCAUUUCCUAACUCAAUAGAAAACGAAAUCGGAUGCUUGAUAGUCAUAAGGUCUUCCUUACUACAGAAGGAGAAGCAUCUUUUAUAUAUAAUUUCGUGCUUUCAUACCAUCUCUUGAAGCUGGGAACGGGCUGAUACGAUUCGAAGACCAAGUCAGAGACUACUGGACGUCUCGCAGAGCGACUCUCAACGAGGACUUUGAGACUUUUUGAAAAAAAUGUGUGUUUUUUUUAAUCCAAGUUUGACUCUGAUUAGAUCCUUAGCGCUUGCGCUAAGUAAGCCCUCCAAGGCCUUAUGUAAUGUAAAAAACCGAGGAAAAUAACGUAAAGUAGAAACGAACAAUACGGUACGAUCGCUAUAUCUUUUCUUUUUCUUUCUCUCUCCUCUAUAGAAAGAGGGGAUUAUACGUGGCGUGGUAUACCUGAUCGUUUGGUCAACGAGACGUACGUAAGUCGGCAUAGCUCCAUUUAGAAUAUAAAAUUCUUUUCUUUUACUUAGCCCGCCUCUCCCAUGACUUUCCGGACCAACCCGGAUCUGCCCUCGAUCCGCAUUUUGGGAGCAGAGCAUGCAAAAUCGAGCAAUGAAUCUUAUAAAAAUUUCCUCGGGUCUUCUAUAUAUAAAUCUAUAAAAAUGAAAAGCCCGGGUAGAAGCACAAGCAAAAGGAGAGAGGAAAAGUAGAAAAAGGAAGGGGGGAGGAGACUCGCCUCAAUACUUCCCACUGGACGAGAGGCGCACCUAACCCACCUACCCACUCAUCAAUCACGGUGUUCAGCUGACUUGUACUGAUAGACCCCUAUAGUAUUGGAAUUAGGCGCCCAUCUUUUUACUGUUGUUAACUAAUCUCUUCAAUGUUCGAUUCUACUCUAUGUUAGAACAUUUCUGUGAAUGCUAUUCUGAUCUAAGUGGUCCUAUUCUGUGUCCCGUGCUAGGAAGCAUUAUUCCUAUUUUCAUUCCAAAUUCAAGAAUACGACCGAUACGCUUGAUUGGUCUGUGUGCCUCUCUUAUUACUUUUUUGUAUUCCCCUGUUCCUCGGAUACAAUUCGAUCCUUCUACGGCCAAAUCUCAAUUUGUGGAAAGCCUUCGAUGGCUUCCUUAUGAAAACAUCAAUUUUUAUUUGGGUAUAGACGGUCUCUCUUUUUUCUUCGUGAUAUUGACCACAUUUCUGAUCCCUAUUUGUAUUUUAGUGGGUUGGUCUGGUAUGAGAAGUUAUGGUAAAGAGUAUAUUACAGCAUCUCUAAUUCGUGAAUUUCUAAUGAUCGCCGUGUUCCGCAUGCUGGAUCCUCUACUAUUCUAUGUUCUUCCCGAAAGCGUGCUAAUCCCUAUGUUCAUUAUUAUAGGGGUAUGGGGCUCGAGACAAAGAAAGAUCAAGGCAGCAUAUCAGUUUUUCCUUUAUACUUUACUUGGAUCUGUUUUUAUGCUAUUAGCUAUUCUGUUGAUUCUUUUCCAAACAGGGACCGCCGAUUUACAAAUAUCAUUAACCACAGAAUUUAGUGAGCGGCGCCAAAUCUUUCUAUGGAUUGCUUCUUUCGCCGCUUUCGCCGUCAAAGUGCCUAUGGUACCAGUUCAUAUUUGGUUACCCGAAGCUCAUGUAGAGGCGCCUACGGCAGGAUCCGUCAUCUUGGCAGGAAUUCCUUCAAAAUUGGGAACCCACGGGUUUUUAAGAUUUUCAAUACCCAUGUUUCCCGAAGCAACACUUUGUUCCACUCCUUUCAUUUAUACUCCAAGCGCGAUUGCUAUAAUAUAUACUUCCUUGACCACUUCAAGACAGAUCGAUCUUAAGAAGAUCAUUGCUUACUCCUCAGUAGCCCAUAUGAAUCUGGUGACUAUUGGUAUGUUUAGUCGGGCGGCGGCCGUUAGGUCACCUAUUUUUAGUUAUGGACACACAAGACAAGGCCAAAACAUGUGUGCCGGGCGUGCGACCCAUCAACCUACGAACAUACAGGGAAUUGGAGGUAGCAUUCCACCGAUGUUAAGUCAUGGACUGGUUCCUUCAGCCCUUUUUCUAUGUGUUGGUGUUCUAUAUGACCGACAUAAGACUCGACUCGUUAGAUAUUACGGAGGUUUAGUGAGCACCAUGCCGAAUCUCUCUACCAUUUCCUUCUCUUCCACUUUGGCCAAUAUGAGUUCACCUGGUACUAGCAGCUUUAUCGGGGAAUUUCCCAUCUCAGUAGGAGCUUUCCAAAGAAAUAGCUUAGUAGCCACAUUAGCAGCGCUUGGGAUGAUUUUAGGCGCGGCGUAUUCCCUUUGGCUAUAUAAUCGUGUGGUUUCUGGAAAUUUAAAACCCGAUUUCCUAAAUAAAUUCUCCGAUCCAAAUGGCAGAGAAGUUUCCAUAUUUAUACCUUUUCUUGUUGGAGUUGUUCGGAUGGGUGUUCACCCCAAAGUGUUCCCGGACCGCAUGCAUACAUACGUAAGUAACUUAGUGCAACAUGGCAAAUUGAAUUGAGAGGAAUCAGCAAAGAAAAGAAAAACGGGUCAACUUAUGUGUAUUUUUGAGAGAUUGUCCUCGGCUCGGGCUGAGGAGUGUCCGCAUGAGUUCGUUGAGGUGUCUACACAGGUUCGAAGACGCUCUUUUAUAUUCUGUCGAGAGUUCGGAUUGCUCCACCUAAGUAGAACGAAAAGAAGGAAUUGGAAAUUCAAAGGGGGAGCCAGAUCGCUUCCGGUAGCUUGCUGACUCUCCUAGUAAGAAGAAAAGGCUCUUUGGCGAAUUCUUUAGAUCUGGGUAGAGUCUCGCUCAGUAAAGAGGGUUGUAAAUUCUUAAGAUCAUGAUAAAGUCCCCUUUACUUGAUAUUCUAUUAGUAAAGCGCUAGCGCGCCCCCUUCCUUUACUUUAGAAGCCGUUGCUUGUUUGGGUCGAGCGUCUUCAAACCUCCUCUGAUUCCGAUAAAUCGGUCAAGCGGGGGCUACCCUCGACUCACCUCUCUAUCUAUAAAAACCCCUCC